AUGUUGGGUCGGUCUGGUUUUUCUAGACCUGGAGGUUUCAGACCUGAGAAUUUAGGUCAGAACACCAUGGCCAUGAUUGGGAAUGUUUGUUUCUCAGUGUUUGUUAUUGGUGUUUUGGUGUUUACUAUUAUGGCUGCUACUUAUGAACCUGAGGAUCCUCUGUUUCAUCCUUCAACAAAGAUUACAACAUUCCUCACUUCCAAAUCCAAUGCUACUUUUAAGUCUGAUAACAGUGUUGUUAGAACUGGUGAGGAUUUUAUGGCUGCUAAUGAGUCUGUGUUUGGCUCUAUUAUUAACAUGACUGAUGUUGAUAACUCGGUUAGCGGUGAGUCGAACGAGGCUGAAGCGACGCAGUGUGAGGGGAAUUCGGGUCCUAUUGAUUGUAGGGAUCCCGAGGUUUUUCAUUUGAUGAUGAGAGCUACUAUUGAGAAGUUUAAGGAUAUUCAUUUUUAUAAAUUUGGGAAACCUGUUGCGGGGUCUAAUGAUAGUACUUGCGAUAUGGCGUGGCGGUUUAGGCCGAAAGAUGGUAAGGCUGCGGCGUUUUAUAAGGAUUAUAGGAGGUUUGUGAUUGAGAGGUAUGAGAAUUGUUCGCGUAGCAUUGUUAGCAUUGGGGAGUAUCAUACCGGUAUGAAUGCAAGGAAGAGGAAGAAGUAUCAGAAAGGUGGACUAGAGAAGACGUCGUUGCAGCCGGAUCAGGUGAAUGCAUUGCCGGUUGUUGGAGAGUUUGUUAAUGAUAGCCUUCCUGUAGUUGAGUCGGAAAGCUCAUUUAGUCGAGGUAAAUACUUGGUUUAUAUGGGUGGUGGAGAUAGGUGUAAGAGCAUGAAUCAUUUCUUGUGGAGUUUCUUGUGUGCUCUUGGAGAAGCUCAGUAUCUUAACCGAACAUUGGUUAUGGAUUUGAGCAUAUGUCUGUCUUCGAUUUACACUUCAUCGAAGCAGGAUGAGGAAGGGAAAGAUUUUAGGUUUUACUUUGAUUUUGAGCAUUUGAAAGAGGCGGCGUCUGUGUUGGACAAGGAUCAAUUUUGGGCAGAUUGGAGUAAGUGGCAACAAAAAGACGGGAUGAAUCUUCAUCUCGUGGAGGAUUUCAGGGUCACGCCGAUGAAACUUAUGGAAGUGAAGGAUUCUUUAAUAUUGAGAAAGUUUGGAUCUGUCGAGCCGGAUAACUAUUGGUAUAGAGUCUGCGAAGGAGAGACAGAAUCUAUUGUUCAAAGGCCAUGGCAUUUGAUAUGGAAAUCAAGGCGGUUGAUGGAAAUAGUGUCCGCAAUAGCUUCAAGGUUAAACUGGGAUUAUGACUCGGUUCAUGUUGUGAGAGGCGAAAAAGCAAGGAACAGGGAUCUUUGGCCAAAUCUCGAUGCACAUACCUCCCCGGGCGCACUUCUCUCGACCUUGCGGGACAAAGUUGACGAAGGAAGAAACCUCUACAUUGCAACAAACGAACCCGACACAUCUUUCUUCGAUCCUCUAAAGGAUAAGUAUACUACUCAUUUUCUCGACGAGUAUAAGGAACUUUGGGAUGAAACUAGCGAAUGGUACUCCGAGACAACAAAACUUAACAACGGUGUUCCGGUAGAAUUUGAUGGUUACAUGAGAGUAUCCAUUGAUACAGAAGUGUUCUUGAGAGGUAAGAAGCAACUUGAAACUUUCAAUGAUUUGACCAGUGAUUGCAAAGAUGGUAUCAAUACAUGUAAUGUUGCAGCAAAUUAA